AUGCAAACAAGCUCGAUAGCCCCAGCCCGCCUUAUCUGCGAUCUGCGGCGCAACUUCUUCUUCAGCGCAACAACUUACACCUUAAAUAUGGACGGAUUCGACGAGGAAGCUUUCAAGAAGUUCUUUCCUUCUGGCUUUGGCAAGCAGGAGAAAUCAAUCGAUGUCGAGUCUCAAAUUAAUCGGUCCAAACGGACAGAGAUCUCAGCGUCCGAGCCGCUCGCCGAGUCCGCGUCCGCCACAGCUGGACCUACCGUAACGGAGAAAAGGCCACAAGAACCCAAAGACAGUGAUGAUGACUCUGACGACGAUGAUGAUUCUGAAGAUGAGGAUGACGAGGAUGAAUUUCCCGUGUCGCACGAGCUGGUCUUGAAGACCCAUGAGCGCGCUGUUACAACCAUGACAGUAGACCCCUCGGGGGCGCGACUAAUCACAGGUUCCACUGAUUGUACACUGAAGCUCCACGACUUUGCUUCUAUGACGCCCUCGACCAUCCGCGCAUUCAAGUCUGUCGAUCCUUCCGUGAAGAAACAAUCGGCAGCGCAAGACACCCACGCCGUCAACUAUGUCGCAUUCAACCCGCUUGCUGCCAGCCAUGUCCUCGUCGUCCCUGCGACAGCGCAGCCGCGUAUCCUGAGUCGAGAUGGCGAUACACUGACCGAGUUUGUGAAGGGUGAUAUGUACCUUCGAGAUUCGCACCAUACAAAGGGCCAUACCUCGGAGGUAUCUAGUGGCGUUUGGUGUCCCACGGACGAGAACCUCUGUGCUACGGCUGGAUCGGACAGCACUGUGCGUAUUUGGGAUGUCAAUGUUGGCCGCUCUCAGAAAGAGGUGAUUGUUCACAAGUCGAGGGUUGCUGGGUCUGCUGGUCGGACCAAGAUGACCGCGGUGGCUUGGGGCUCUCCGAAACAAGGAGGGUCUAAUAUCCUGGUUGCCGCGGCUCUCGAUGGAAGCUUGGCGAUGUGGAGUGGCAAUGGGCCUUUCACCCGGCCUAGUGGCGAAGUUCGGGAGGCGCAUACCCGAGAUACUUGGACGAGUGGCCUGGAUAUCAGCGCCGACGGGCGCCUUAUUAUUAGCCGAGGUGGAGACGACACUAUCAAGUUGUGGGAUACACGGAAGUUCAAGUCACCAGUUACAACUGUAACGCACAAGUCAACAUCCUUCCGGUAUCCUACCUCGAACAUCCAAUUUUCGCCGAGCUCAGCGAAUGUCAUCGUCGGCUCGGAAACGGGUCACUUGCACAUUCUCAACCCUGCUACGUUGAAGCCAGAACUAGUCACGCCCGUCACGCCAGGGUCGCCAUUGAUCACUGUCUUAUGGCAUGAGAAGCUUAACCAAAUCUUGACUGGCUCUGCCAAUGCGGAAACACAUGUGCUCUAUAACCCAACAAUGUCUACCAAGGGUGCCGCGCUGGUUAUGUCCAAGGCACCCAAGCGUCGCCAUUUGGAUGACAACGCAACCCUUACGACAGACCUGUCGUCCGGACUUGCUGGUGACUCGGUGGUCGUCGGCUCCAAUGGUGUCCCUCAUUACAGCUCUGCAACCUUUGCUGCGCGUCACCCGACGAUCGGAUUGACGGCGUCUGGUCGCUCCAGGGAUCCACGUCGCCCACACAUGCCGCAGGUGACGCCCUUUGCCAAGUCCCAGCCUGAUGAGAAGCAUAUUCGUGAUAAUAUUCCUCUAAGUUCCAUGCGUGAUGAGGACCCGCGAGAGGCAUUGUUGAAAUAUGCCGAAAAGGCUGAGAAGGACCCUAUCUUUACCCGCGCGUACAAAGAGACGCAGCCAAAUGCCAUCUAUGCGGAAUUGAGUGAUGAAGAGGAGCCGGGCCCGGAGAAGAAAAAGGCACGUCGAUGA